GGCAACCCCCUCCCUCUCAGCGUUGUGCAGGCUGACGCGUUUCAUUCCUCCGGUGGGCUAAAGCGGCUCUGGCUCUCUUCGAUUUCUUUGAAAACGCCGGAUUAGCGUGUGAUGUCUCCCUGAUUGUCAGUGACUGGUCUUUGCAGUAAAGAAAUCGUCCGCCAUGAGCUGCUCCGGAUUCACCUGCUCCAAAAACUGCCUGUGCGCCAUCAACCUGCUGUAUGUGAUGGUGAGCAUGCUAAUGAUCGGUAUUGCUGCCUGGGGGAAGUGGUUUGGCCUCGUCUCAAGCUUCCAGGUGGUGGGGGGCAUCAUCGGGGUGGGAGUCUUCCUUUUCUUCGUCGCUUUGGCUGGACUUAUUGGUGCGAUUAAGCACCACCAAGUUCUCCUCUUCUUUUACAUGAUUAUCUUGUUCCUAGUCUUUGUGGUCCAGUUCUCAGUGUCCAGUGCAUGCUUGGCCAUCAACAAAGAGCAGCAGAAUCACCUGCUGGAGGUGGGCUGGAACAACUCCCGGAGCACUCAGAGGGACGUAGAGAAAAGCCUCGACUGCUGCGGAUUCUCUCACGUGGACGUGAACGAAACCUGUGCUGCUGCCUGUUUUUCUCACACUAAAUGUGACACCUGUGCAGCGAAGAUCCAGGAGCAUGCUGGGGAGGUGCUGCGCUUUGUGGGUGGAAUUGGCCUGUUCUUUAGCUUCACUGAGAUCCUGGGCGUGUGGUUAACAUACAGGUACAGAAACCAAAAAGAUCCACGAGCCAAUCCCAGUGCCUUCCUGUAGUCAAUGGCAUGGCUGUCACAGUGACGGUCUGUGUACUUGUCUAUUCAAAGAACUUCUUACUGGAGCUCUGUUAGAGACGAGAAGAGUGCGUUUGCUUUCUCUGAAGUGGAGAUCACUGCUUGUUUCUGCUGCUGUGUGUACUGAUCAUUUUCAAGGGUGCAGUGUUGUGAAGCAAAAAAAUUCCUAUGCGUAAUUUUUGUUUGAAAAUGUCUUGAAUGGAGGCUGCAGCUACAAAAACCAUCACAGUGGAACUGCCACUUUUUUACUUUACACAGUAAACACUUCUUCAAACACCUAUGGGCUAUGAUCAGUCUAAAUCCAAGAAUUUCAAAAUGUGGAGAAAAACAGGCACUGUAAGAGAAAAAGGACUACACUACGACUAGUAUGUACCUGCAUGUUAUUGUUUCUGUUUGCAUUGGUUAUUAUCGUUGAUGUGUAUUCAGCCUGGAUGAAUACUGCUUUUUCAAAUUCCUGAAUCCUGUAAGUAAUAUUCUUUAUGAUGCAGUAUGUUGAUACCACCACAUGACCUCUUUGUGUACAUGCACAAAAUCAGUCACUCUGAGGCUACUGGUCAACAAUGCAAUAAAUUAAUCAUUGUGAUUUUUGGUCAGUUGAUGUGCAUUUUAUUUAAACGUCUGCAUGACAAAAAUAUUUCUCUGCACAUCUACGUAUGCAAAAAGAAGAGGUCCUCAUUAUCCUGAGAGGCAACUGAACCAUACAAGCAACAUGAAGGCCCCAUACAUUGAAUGAUCUUUGACACAUUUCAUGUCACAGUUGGUCAUAUUCAAAAGUUUGAACAACCUGGUCAAACUGCACGUUUUGUUGGUUUUCUAAGUGGAAGUAAGUCCAAACACACUUCUGCACAUUUUAGUGAACAACCUAUAUGUAUUGGCUUUAAAAAAUAGAAUGUUUCAUUUUUUUCCCCCCCUUUUUUUGGAUUUGUCAAGUAUAUAGUCAGGUUACACUUUAUUUUGAGUGGUCCUUUUUACAUGAAACAAACACUCAACAGACUCUCAGUAACAUGUCAAAGACAUAUGAGGUUAGGCUUUGGGUAAAGUUGGGUAAGAUUAGGUUUUGCGUAAUUGCGUAACACAUUAACAAUACAGCAAGAUGUAAUUUGACCAGGGACCCAAACUUUGGCAUAUGACAGUAUGCAUUUCAUUAAAUCCAUUAUUAGGCCUGUGACUGAUAACUGUAUGUGCUCAGAGUUUUUUCUGUUUUUUUUUUUUUUUUGUUGUUGUUUUACCUUCUUGCAUGAGACUCUUCACUACAGUGUGCAUCUAUAUCAUGUGGUUCUGUGAACUAUGCACUUCUACAUUUGAAAAACAACAGAAUAAAGAAUGCAUUAUCACCCA